CUAGUUUAAAAUGUUAUUUGUCGACAAUUAAAAUUAAUUUUUAAGUUGCAUUUAUUACUAUGUUAUUCUUUAUUAUGUGGUUGUUGAUUCCAACCAUAUUUUCUGCGUACUUUUCGGGUCGUCUUAUGUAUCUAAUCUUACAACGUCUAACUAAUUCACAAUCAAUUAAAAAAUCAAAACAACCAAUUCAGACUUUAAUUGUAAUUGGUUCAGGUGGACAUACAGCUGAAAUGUUACGUUUAAUGAAUUCUAUGAACAAGUUGAAAUUUAUGCCACGUUUGUAUUUAUUAGCUGAUACAGAUACAACAAGCCGGAACCUUGUAGAAAACAAUGAAAGUGGUUUAGACUGGUCCAUAGCCAUUAUACCACGAUCAAGACAUGUAAAUCAAUCAUACUUAUCAUCUAUUUUUUCAACUAUUUAUGCAAUUUGUAUAACUGUGCCUAUAGUUAUAUCAUUCAAACCAGAUUUGGUUUUAUGCAAUGGACCUGGUACUUGUGUUCCAGUAUGUCUGGUUGCUUUUAUAAUGAAAUUAUUCCAUUAUGCAGAUACAUCAAUUAUAUUUGUUGAAAGUAUCUGCCGGGUUAAAUCAUUAUCUUUAACUGGAAAAUUAAUGUACUUUAUUGCUGAUUUAAUAAUUGUUCAAUGGCCUGAAUUGAGACAAAAGUAUGGACAGAGAGUCAAAUAUCUUGAUGAAGGAUUGAAUUCAUAAUUCUAUUGCUUAAUGUAGAUAACUUAAUAUAUUAAGUUAUUUAUGUAAAUUAUUAAUAUAUAUAUACAUGUUAAUAUUAUGUGGAA